AUGCUAGAACGCAUAACCCAGGCACAGACUGCGAACAACAACUCCGAUGGCUCGUUUCUUAUCCUGGUGGCGUCACUUUGCGCAGCAGUCGUAGCUAGUCUGCGGCGAAGACGCGGCCUUUACGGUGCAGUAACCGUAGAUGGCUCUUUCGAUAUAGCCGAGCGUCUAGGGCUAUGGGACCGGAACAGGCUCAUUUCCCUGGACUGGGUGCUAGCAAUGUACAAUUUUUCCAGUGCUACGCACCACGAACACGGUAUUGGAUCACCACUUGCCCACCGAUUAAGCGCAGAGGCCGCCAUGGGUGUCAAAUAUCUUCUCUAUCAUGACUUCGAUCAGAUGACAUUUCUGGACCAACAGAUCUUGAAGAGACUGUACUGGCUCAUCUAUGCGGGCCAAUCGCAUGAACAGGUCAACGCGCUAAUACCGCUUGAUGCAUCCGACGAGAGCUUGCUCGCGGGCAUUUCCCAGGCAUUGCACUCUUCUCCUUCACGAUCAUACAUUCCUGGUCUGAAUGCACUUGCACGUCUGUUCUUGAUCUGGCAAGCGAGCCAGUCUGUUCCCAUCAAGACCAUGGAGCACCUGCAAGAGAGCAUGAAACAAGCCCAGCAAGCGUUAGCCGACUUGCCACCCCAGCUGAAGUGGAGAAGUCGGCCGGGCAGUCCGCUGAGCGGAGAAGAGCGCGUGAUCGGGGGAGAUUUUGGGACUGACGUGCAAACAGUCAAUCUUAAAGUCACGCAAUUGCAUAUCCGUGCGAACCUACUAGAGCAGAUGAACGGGCUGGCUCGCGCUCAGAAUGUAUUACUUACACCGACUUUCAUAUCCGAGGAGCGGCACCGCGUAGUCGACGAGCUACUUGACAUUUUGUAUCACAUGCCCAACGAAGUCUUCGACGCGAACGGCUACAGCGUCGUCCCAAAAAUUCGCGAUAUUGGUGGCGCGCUGCUCGAUGAAGUAAGGACCGGGAAGAACUCGAUGUCCGGUGUCAAGACCAGCAAUUAG